GUGGAAGCUUCCUUCUCUCCCGGCAGCCAUGAUGAAUUUCUAGAAGUGUUUCGCAUGCGAUUUUGUUGUUUUCCAUUAAUUUCUCUCGAAAAUGAGUAGCAAAAACGACAUUAAUCGACGCGUGGCCGCCAUACAAGCCAAGAAGAAGCGCCAUCGAAAUGGAAAGGCUGGUAAGGGCGGUGGGAAAAACCGGCCGAACGAAGAAAACAACACAAGCAGCAGGCACAAAGUCGGUGGUGGAAUGAAUCUAAACAACAGGGGCCGCGAAUCGCUGAUGGAAGAGGAGGAGGAGUGCGAGGAAAUCUUGGGUUCCGACGACGACGAGCAGGAGGACCCGAAGGACUACGUCAAGGGCGGUUACCAUCCAGUCAAAAUCGGUGACCUCUUCCACCAACGGUACCAUGUGGUGCGCAAGUUGGGCUGGGGCCACUUCAGUACGGUCUGGCUGUGCUGGGACAUGCAAGCGAAGCGUUUCGUCGCGCUCAAAGUGGUCAAGAGCGCGUCGCACUACACGGAAACAGCGUUAGACGAGAUCAAACUGCUCAAGUGCGUGCGCGAGGCCGAUCCGAGCGACACGAAACGCGAGAAAACGGUCGCCUUGCUGGACGAUUUCAAAAUCACCGGUGUGAACGGGACACACGUGUGCAUGGUGUUUGAGGUGUUGGGCGUGAACUUGUUGAAACUGAUCAUUCGCAGCAAUUACCAAGGCAUUCCGCUGAGCAACGUGAGGACCAUCAUUCGACAAGUGCUCCUCGGGCUGGAUUACUUGCACGCCAAGUGCAAGAUAAUCCACACAGACAUCAAGCCCGAGAACAUUCUGCUCUGCGUCAGCGAGAACUACGUGCGGAAGCUGGCCGCCGAGGCGGCAAACUGGAGUAAGGCAGGCGUCAAGCUACCCGGCUCAGCGGUCAGCACGGCGCCCAAAGAGCUGCAGAAUCCGGACCUGACCAAGAUGACCCGCAACAAAAAGAAGAAAAUGAAGCGCAAAGCCAAGAAGCACGCACAACUGCUCGAGCAGCAAAUGCAGCAGCUUGAGGAGCUCGAGGUCAAGGGAGGUAACGUUUCCGACGACAAUAGUGACAUGGACGCUCAGGAGGCUGGGCAAGAGAACAAUGUAGUCUCAAGUCCUGAAGAGUCCACAGUUGAAUCUCCAAAGCAGGAGUUGAAGUCCAUUAGCAAAACUAAACUGGAAAAUAGGAAAAGCUUUGCAGAAAUGCCUCACGCUGAAAUUAAGCCUGCUGGAACUGACGAGCUGCUGGACAACGGAACUCAGGACCAGGCGCUUAACAACGAGGGAGGAAAUACUAUUCCAGUCAUUAACGAGGUGGAUAAUGAGCACCAAGACAUCCUUGAAGCGUCAAAUGACAUGUCAACAGAGGAGGAGCAACGUGGUUCUGAGGAAAGCAUUACAAACACAGGUUCAACAGAAGACAACCGCAGGCCACUGGUCGAGCCGAAACAGGGCGACCCAGUUCGCGAAAUUUGUGAGAUAGAGGUCAAAAUCGCCGACUUAGGAAACGCGUGCUGGGUGGACCACCAUUUCACUGAGGACAUCCAAACGCGCCAGUAUCGUAGCUUAGAAGUCCUUCUAGGAGCUGGUUAUGGCCCGCCUGCUGAUCUCUGGAGCACAGCCUGCAUGGCGUUUGAGUUGGCCACUGGCGAUUUCCUAUUUGAGCCGCACUCUGGCGAGGACUACACGCGGGAUGAGGACCACUUGGCGCACAUCAUAGAGUUACUGGGCGAAAUUCCCAAAGAGAUUGCCCUGUCGGGCAAGUACUCGCGCGACUACUUCAACAAGAAGGGCGAACUGAAGCACAUAACUAAACUUAAGCCCUGGGGGCUCUACGAGGUUCUGACUGAAAAAUACGAUUGGGAAACCGGCUUGGCGCGCGCCUUUGCCGACUUCCUACUGCCCAUGUUGACCUUCGACCCCAACCACCGAGCCACGGCAGCCGAAUGUCUCAAACAUCCGUGGAUGCAAGCCGACUCCUGAGAUGAGCUUUGCACACCCGUCCUUCUCAGCCAUCGACGUCACUCUGAAACAGCACUCCAAUUGUCCCUGUCCCCGAUUCCUCCCCACUCAUCGCCCCUGCUGCUGCAAGGCAUCAGACACGUGAGCAGCAUGAGCAGUUCUCCGCCGCUGAUGCCGCACGCCAGAAUGCAGGACACCGUCAACUCCAGACUAGCUGGCCAGCUGUUUAUAUACACAAAUAGCCCAGCGAAACCGCAUAUUUCAUCUCUCACUCAGGUACUGAAGUGAUUGGAUGUUGGUUUAUUUCUCAAAGUGGAGCUCACAAUCAGCUGAUCAGUGAAAUUCUGUUCUGUGAACCAGUUUUUACUGUGUCAAACGAGAAGGACGCCACGUUGCUUACAUUGUUACCCUCUAAUGGUUUUGAAAUGCUGCAGAAAAGAACUUGCGCUUUGACAGCUUUCAAAAUAAUCAGCUCCGGCUUUCAUUUCUGACUCACAAGUGAACUGGUGUCAGGCUACAAGUGAACCUUUUUCAGGUUGGAAGGACGUAAGUGUGCACCACUGUAAGGAGGCGCCUUUCCUCGAGCAACUCAAGCGCAUUGCAAGUUCUGCAAGUGACAAUUAAAUAAGUAUAGUCUCCCCACGCCCAUGUAAAGUUGCUGCUGUAUUCCUUAAUUUUGAGUUGAAAGUCGCCGACAAUGGUCAGUGUUUUGCCACACGUACUCACUACACAUACACUAUAAAAGACAUAAGAUUUCGGUUUAUGUGCGCAUGCUGUUAGCCACUGUAUGAUUUAACGAGAGCACUUCUUGCGUUUUUUCUAAUUUAAACCAAUUUAAUUAUACUUGAAAACUAAGCGGCAGUUACUGAAAGGAAAAAACAUUGAGAAGUUAGACUUGUUUCUUUGUUGCGUAGCCUGAUUUGUGGAUAUUGCUGUCCCACACCACACUCUACCAAUGCUUUGGCCAAGAUACGUGAGUGUGCACACCUCCCGCAGGGGUCUAGCUGAUCACGGGCCAGCUCUCUGCACUUAAAUUGCCUUUUCAGCUUGACUCCACAGUGAUAGAAAAUUUCUCAAAGCCUAGAGAGUCUAAAGAGGGAGAACUCGGUGGCUCCAGACUAAUUAACGCUUUUCGUUAGUGUACACUUGAGUUCUAUUCUAGAUGACUGGUUUUAUUUUUAAUAAUUGUUAUUUUUGCGCCUGUCUUGCUAAUCUCCCUCUUUAGUCUGGCUAGGAGUAGCGCCCUUGUGCUGUGUUGUCGAAAUACAAAAGAGAUUUCAAAAAGUGGUUAGAAAGUCCUUGUAAGAAUUAUUUUGUGAUCUCUACCCACUCGGGCAUCGUCGGCAAGGUGGGGCAGUGCCAUUUUUGAGUCUGCACUGCCCCGGCUGGCGCUGCGUCUAGAAAAAUAAAUACAAAAUUUCCGCAUUAAAUGGAAUCGCAAGUCGAAAUAUUGUGUACUACCCAAAAUCAAUCAAUCAAUCGAUUCAGAACAAAUGGUGUAAGGACAAUUUGAAGCUGUGACUUUUGUACUAGCAUGCCACAACUCAAUUUUUACAUCUGCCGAGAAGCUGAAGAAACACUCCCGCCAGUGCUUUAUUGUUUUAUCGACGAAACAAAGCUCAAACAUUUUAUACAAACGCGCCUAGCAAUAAAACAUAAAUUAGAGCCUCUUUGACUUUGCUAAGUUGACAGGAAAAAAGAAAUAUGCGGAAGCCGCGCAAAGUGCAGAAGGUUUCCGUCUAAAAUGUCCUUACACUGCGAACGCCAACCGGAAAAAAAAUGAAAAUGAUUGCUAUUAUCACGAACCUGCACACAAAAUCUGACCUAGCAGCCAAUUGUCCCCCUCGUGUCAGCUGUAAGAGAUAAGUCUUAAAACAAGUGAUAAUAAGUAUUAUUCGCAAGUGGGUAUUUAUAAUGGAGAACGUUGUUGUAAAGCGACACCUCUGUAUCAACCGAUCAAUCAAUCCACUAUGUACGUACACCCUUGUAGGAUCACAAUUUUGACGUAUCGGCCGGCGAGGAGUCGCAUGGCACGCUGAGCUGGCUGCAAUCUCACCUCCAGCCACCGUCUCGUUUGAAGGCACAAGCCGCGUUUCAGAGCAAACGGACGUGAGAAAAGUUGUAUCUUGAUUAAGGAGAAAUAUUUGUUCCAUGCGUAAAUGAUUGAUGAAUAAAUUAUAAGCUGGAUAAACCUCAA